CGUGAAUCAGAAAUUUUUGUCGUGAAAAAGAAAAAGAAAAAGAAAAAAAAAAGGACCUUUCUCCUCACGUUUCUCGACACAUUUCUGUCUAUAUCUGGUUUCUUUCUCUUCGCAAAACCGGUGUAAAUCAACGUAUGAGAAACUGGAGGAAAAGGAAACCCAAACUUGAAUUAUAGGUUCUUCCGCUUUGAAUUCGUCUUCAGAAGGGUCCGAAUUGUAUCUUAUCAGAACAAUAGCCACUGGAGGGCUCAGAUCUGUUUUGGCCUUGAUAAUAUUAAUUUGAAUGCAAUUAAUCAAGUUUUGGUUAUAUAAUGUCAAUGGGUACUUCAGAAGCAGUGUUGCAAGUUCUGUCCAGGACAGGUUCUAAUGUUAUAUUUUCUGAUCCAUGUCUUGGCAAACUAAACAUCACGUUUUUGCCCAAAUCCCAUGUGGAAUUUGGAAAGAAAAGGUCCUGUUCAGGGACUAUGAAAUCGCUAAAUUGUUCAAGAGUGACACGAAAUGCUUCUCAUGGAAAUUCAAUGUUUGUUCGAUCACGCUUUCUAAGUUGCCACUGUCAGCGUGCUGAAAGAGUUAGUGGGAUAACUGCAGAGGAUGGAAAUGGCACAUUGAUUGUGGGUAGUGAAAAUAAAUCAAACCCAAUUAAUGGUGCGGUGAAUGGGCCAAAAUCCCUAGAACUUGGGGAGCUUCAACAAUCAAAACAGGAGAAGAAAAUUUUCACAUCUAAUGGUGAGUUAGCUGAAGCUGAAACAAUCAAGCAUACUUUGAGUAAAGUCUGUGGCAAUUCCAUUGAGGAUGAGGCAUGGAAUCUUUUGAGGGAAUCCAUUGUUUAUUAUUGUGGUAGUCCCAUUGGAACAAUUGCUGCUCAGGACCCGACCGAUUCCGGUGUCUUGAACUAUGAUCAAGUCUUCAUCCGUGAUUUCAUACCUUCUGGAAUAGCAUUUCUUUUGAAGGGCGAGUACGAUAUCGUUCGGAAUUUCAUCCUUCACACGCUUCAGCUGCAGAGCUGGGAAAAAACAAUGGACUGUCAUAGCCCCGGACAAGGGCUGAUGCCUGCUAGUUUCAAGGUGCGAACUGUUCCUCUUGAGGGUGAUGACUCUGCAACAGAAGAGAUUUUGGAUCCUGAUUUUGGAGAGGCAGCAAUUGGUCGUGUGGCACCAGUUGAUUCUGGACUAUGGUGGAUUAUACUCUUACGAGCAUAUGGGAAAUGCUCUGGGGAUCUUUCAGUAAAAGAGAGGGUUGAUGUGCAAACUGGAAUUAAGAUGAUUUUGAGGCUAUGUCUUGCUGAUGGUUUUGAUAUGUUCCCAACAUUGCUAGUGACAGAUGGUUCUUGCAUGAUAGACCGCCGCAUGGGAAUUCAUGGUCAUCCUCUGGAAAUUCAGGCACUAUUUUAUUCAGCACUCCUUUGUGCACGUGAGAUGCUUGCACCAGAGGACGGGUCAGCUGACCUUUUACGAGCACUAAACAAUCGUCUGGUGGCAUUAUCAUUCCACAUCAGGGAGUAUUAUUGGGUUGAUAUGAGAAAACUCAAUGAAAUAUAUCGCUAUAAAACAGAAGAAUACUCGUAUGAUGCCGUCAACAAGUUCAAUAUCUACCCUGAUCAGAUUCCUCCGUGGCUAUUGGAAUGGAUGCCCAAUAAAGGAGGCUAUUUAAUUGGAAAUCUGCAGCCUGCUCACAUGGAUUUCCGUUUUUUCUCUCUAGGAAAUUUGUGGUCUAUUGUUAGCAGUCUUGCGACAGUUGAGCAAUCACAUGCCAUAUUGGAUCUAGUUGAAGCCAAGUGGGCAGACUUGGUUGCGGGUACGCCAUUUAAGAUAUGUUAUCCAGCUCUUGAAGGUCAGGAAUGGCGGAUUAUCACAGGCAGCGAUCCCAAAAACACGCCUUGGUCCUACCACAAUGGAGGUUCAUGGCCAACUUUGCUCUGGCAGCUCACAGUGGCAUGCAUAAAGAUGAAUAGACCAGAUAUAGCUUCCAAAGCUGUUGAGAUUGUGGAGAGGCGGAUAUCAAGAGAUAAGUGGCCCGAAUAUUAUGACACCAAAAGUGCAAGGUUCAUUGGGAAACAGGCACGCCUUUUCCAGACAUGGUCUAUCGCAGGAUAUCUUGUGGCAAAGCUCCUCCUUGCUGACCCAUCUGCAGCAAAGAUUCUAAUAAAUGUAGAGGAUGAUGAUCUUGUCAAUGCGUUCUCCUGCAUGAUUGGUGCUAAUCCGAGAAGAAAACGUGGUCGGAUGGGAGUGAAAAAGAGCUAUAUUGUAUGAAAUUUAUGUCCCGACUCCCGAGUACAAAACUGUGGCUAGGGAUUGAUAUCAACAGGAGACAGAUGAGGACCUACCUGGAGUAAGCGCUGUAGCUUGUUUCCAAUACUGAGCAGCUUGAUCAGACCAAGCCUCUUCAAUUUCAGAGUCUUCCUGUCAAAUGGCCUGUUCUCCCCAGUUGGAAUAGGGGGAUCAAUUCCUUUCCUUCACAGAGCUCAUGGAACGCAGCAUCUGUGCUUUGUCUAAGAUUGGCUGAUUUGUACUCAUUUGAGCUCGUUGACUUUGAAUUAUAUAUUUUCCCUCUCUCUUCCACCCUUUCUUGGAGGAGGGGGUGAUUCAAAACAAGCCUAGGUAUUGUUCCAUCCUACAUUCUGGGUUCUCGUCUCUAUUCUGUCUCAUAGUAAAGCUGUGUAUCUUGGAUUAUCAGGGAAUAAAAAUUACUCCAGGAGCAGAAUGUUUAAGAUA